AUGUCAAGCCACGGAUUAUUUGUGGAUACAUGGGACGGCAUUUAUCAGUUAACAGGCAAAAGCGAUGUCGUAAUGUUUUGCUUAGGGUCAUGGUUGGCGGCUUUUGUAACAUAUUGGGUCGUUAGUAUACCACUACUGUGUGUGGAUUUAACGCACAGACCUAGAUUCAUUUACCAGUAUAAAAUGCAGAUGGAUAAACCGAUCGAAGUUGCUAAACUCAAGAAGUUAUUCAAGGUGGUAAUUCUCAACCAACUGUUUUAUGCCCCUCCAAUAGCGUGGGUGUACUACGUCAGCGCUGGGUGGCGUGGGUGUAGUGUCAGUAGUAGUGACUUGCCGAGCGGCGGAAGGAUACUGUUUGAUUUACUCGGUUGUCUGAUCUUUGUUGAAGUCACAUUUUACUACUCGCACUGGGCAUUGCAUCACCCAUUCCUGUUUAAACACGUACACAAACUUCACCAUGAAUGGACGGCUCCUAUUGGUCUAACGUGCAUCUAUGCUCAUCCAAUCGAAUUCGUGUUCUCAAACUUUAUACCUGUGGUUGGUGGACCCAUUGUGAUGGGGUCUCAUCUAAUGGUACAUUGGAUGUGGUUCAACGGCAACUAUUCAGCUACUGGAAUAAUGGAUUGGUUACAUGGCACUGACGCCAUUUUUAGAGACACCAUCGCCUUCAAGCGACACAAGAUACUGUUUGGAACAACCCCAAUGUCUAAGAAAUACCCCGAUACUAAAACUUUGCAGUAG